UAUGCAAAAGUAAAGAAUGGAACGUCUGAAUAAGAAAAAUAUAUUAAGUAUAACUAUUACUCUUUGCAUAAUGAUGCUAACUUACUUUGGUUAUCAACCGAUUUACAGAGUUAAAGAAAUAAAACGAGGUGAAUAUUAUAUUUGGAACAUUACGCCUCAGCGACAUUCAGAUUUUUAUAAUGACAGCCGAAUUAUAUCAAAAUCAUAAGUUUUAUCUUUCUCAUUGUUUGGAAAUAACUGGGAAAGAUAUGGGGAAAAUGUUGAACAUGUUGCAAAAGAGGCAGCAAACAAUAGCUUAUAUAAAAAUUGGACCGUUCGAAUUUAUCACGACAAGUACUCCAUUACACUAAAUAAUGUUAUGCAGUUAACUAAACGUUAUCAAAAUUUAGAGUUUUUAAAUGUUAGUAACUUUGCCGAUUUGGAGACUAUUAACGGUAUGGUGUGGAGGUUUUUAAUAGUUGCAGAUAUAAAUGUAAAAAUUGCGUGUAUAAGAGACUUAGACUCAAAAAAUUUAGAAAGAGAAUUAGAUGCUGUAAAAGUAUGGUUAGCAUCAAGUAAGCUGGUUUAUUCAAUUAAAGAUCAUCCGCAACAUGCUAUUCCAAUUUUGGGAGGUAUGUGGUGCUUUAGAAAUGAACAAAAUCAAGAGCUAGGUUUUAAAAUAGCUAAACUUUGCAUUGAAAAUUGCAUGCAUCGUGAUCCGAUAAAGCAGUUGGAAGCGAGCUAUGGAGAUGAUCAGAAUAUUCUAAAUCAGCAUAUUUUCCCGCUUAUCCCCCAAAAUCUAUUUAUACACGAUUCUUAUUUGUGUCAUAAUGACGUAAUAAGUAAACUUUUUCCUUCAAAAAGAGACCUAAAUGGAGAGUUUGUUGGACAAAUCAGAGGCACAUCUGAAUAUUUGAAAAGUGUCCUGUUGCAUGUCGUCCAAAAAAACAUCAAGAUUGGGAAUAUUGCUAAUAAUGUAAUAAAAUAUUCAAGACUUAUAUUUUAUUAUAUAAUAAUUUUUUUAUUUUGUGCACGUUUUCUAACUUUGACUAAAAAAGCAAAUAUUGUUCAUAUUUCAACAUUUUAA